CGCAUCCCCCACGAGCCAUGGCAUCCGCAAGCAGUUCAACCAAGCAGCCCGCCCCGACCCAGCUCGAAAAGGCCACCGUCGAGGGCCAGUUCGAGCACGCCCGCCCCAGCUCGCAGGAGAACGUCAACGCGCGUCUCGAAAACCCCCUCUUCGGCUUCACCCACGAUGAGCUCCGGACCAUGGCAGAGACCUUCUGCCGCGAGCACGAUCUCAAGGAUAUCGAGGACGACGUCCGCAAGGGCGCCAUCCUCGCCCAGGACUCUGCCCGUUACGAAAGAUAUGAAUUCCUCACCGAAGAUGAGCGCGAGGCUCUCCGGGUCGACCGCGAUCACAAGUGGAAGCAGCCUUUCAUGCUAUACUAUAUGAUCGUAUUAUGCUCUGUUGCCGCCGCCGUGCAGGGUAUGGACGAGUCCGUGAUCAACGGCGCUCAGCUGUUCUACCCCAAGCAGUUUGGCGUCGGCUCCGGAAGCACUCACGACUCUCUCAUUGUUGGAUUUAUCAACUCUGCGCCCUACCUUUGCUGUGCCGUACUGGGCUGUUGGCUGACCGAUCCUCUUAACCGACGUUUCGGCCGCCGCGGAGCCGUCUUCAUCACCGCCACGCUCUCCUUCCUCACCUGCAUUUGGCAAGGUGUUACCAAUUCGUGGCCCCAUCUAUGGGCCGCCCGGUUCGUCCUCGGUCUUGGUAUCGGUCCUAAGAGUGCCACGGUCCCGGUCUACGCCGCGGAGUGUGCCCCGGCGCGCAUCCGUGGCGCUUUGGUCAUGCAAUGGCAAGUCUGGACGGCGUUCGGUAUCAUGAUGGGCAACGUCAUGGACCUGGCGUUCUACCCCGUUCACGAUCGCCACAACAUCACCGGAUUGAGGUGGAGACUCAUGCUUGGCUCGGCCGGAAUACCUGCCCUCGUCCUGCUUAUCCAGGUGUUCUUCUGCCCGGAGUCGCCCCGUUGGCUGCUGUCCAAGGGCCGCUAUCGCCAAGCGUACGAGUCCCUCCUCCGCCUCCGGAACCACAAGAUCCUCGCUGCCCGGGAUCUCUUCCAUAUCCAGGCCUUGCUCGAGAUGGAGAAGGCGAUCGAGACCGGCCGCUUCCGCGUGCUCGAGCUCUUCACCGUCCCCCGUAACCGUCGUGCCUCCCUCGCGGCCUUCAUCGUCAUGUUCGGCCAGCAGUUCUGCGGUAUCAACGUCAUCGCGUACUACUCCUCCACCGUCUUCUCGAACGCCGGCUUCUCAAACACCUCCGCCCUCGCAGCCUCCGUCGGCUUCGGCGCCCUCAACUUCUUGUUCGCCUUCCCCGGCUUCCUCACCAUCGACCGCUUCGGCCGUCGCAACCUUCUCCUGGUCACCUUCCCUCUCAUGUCGCUCUUCCUGCUCAUGACCGGCUUUGCCUUCUGGAUCCCUGGAGAUACGUCCACGGGCCGCGUUGCCGUCGUCGCCAUCGGCAUCUACAUGUUCACGAUCUGCUAUUCGCCUGGCGAAGGACCCGUGCCGUUCACGUAUUCGGCCGAAGCGUUCCCGCUCUACGUUCGUGAGCUCGGCAUGUCCUUCGCGACGGCCGUGUGCUGGGGAUUCAACUUCAUCCUCUCUUUCACGUGGCCGCUGCUGCUGAAGGCGUUCAAGCCUCAAGGUGCAUUCGGCUGGUAUGCGGCGUGGUGCAUGAUCCUCUGGCUAUUGAUCCUGAUGUUCGUGCCCGAGACCAAGUCGCUGACGCUUGAGGAACUGGACGCCGUGUUCUCUGUGCCAUCGCGGACUCACGCCGCGUAUGGCUUGCGCCAAAUCCCAUACGUCAUUGAACGAUACAUUUUACGCCGGGAUGUACACCCCGAAGAUAUCUACGGCUUUGACAUCAAGGCCGCUACUCAACGUAGGCACUCGGAGAGCGAGAAGGAGAAGGAGCCGGUGGUGUAAUAUCAUCGUGUUACCACGCCCUCUAUAUGACACAUUUACCUUAGUUUGACGUUGAUGUUGUCCCUCAUUGUAUCAUAUUAUACAGUAAUAAUUUCCCCUUGUAUUCGUAGAUGAUGAGGAUAUGACGCCUUUCAC